AUGCAGUCGGUACAAGCCCAAGAGUAUGUUUCGUCCGUGAUGCCACGGCCUCAUACUACUGGCUCACGGUAUCCCGAUCAUUUCUCACGGCGCAGGCUCGACGGCAACAUCGGCGACGAGCCCUGGGCAUCGGAGUUUUUGCCCAUUCCACCUGAAACCGGCAAUACCACCUCGGACUCGAGCGAAGCGAUUGCUGAGGGCAAAUUGGUCGAAGUCGAACAGCUCGUCUAUCUCGUUACUGAAAAGUUGAUCCUCAGCUCGGUCCAGCGCUCCCCAACUUCCUUGCUCGAUCUACCCAAUGAAACGCUCGAACACAUCUGCGGCUACCUUGACGACGAACCCUCAACCGAGAUUCGUGCGGCUGCUCUGCGCAACAUGUCACUCGUUUGCCGUCGCUGUCGUCGACCAGCACAGGCGAGGUGGAAGCCGUUCCGCAGAAUUCGUCUCACUUUGGGGCAACCAAAUUAUUCCCGUUUCCUUGCGUUGAUGCCUCAAUCCCAGACACUAUGGAACGUCUUACGCCAGUCUUUUGCUUCACAUCCCGUACGUAUCGAGAUUACGCUCCACCCUCGCAAACCACGUCGGAUUCCCUCAAUUUUUGAGACGACUUCCUUCGCGGCGCUGCUCUCCGAGAUCGCCGAGUUCCAUUCGUUUGCACUUCAAGAGCUCGCUUUCAGUACUCUCCUUGGAGUCCCGCUGUCACCACUCGGGCAAUUACAGAGUAAGUUGGUAAGAGUUUCAUGAUAUCAAGCUCGCCGAGGAGGAUAUUUGACCUUCACGAGCUGAGAACUACGCACCGGCGCCGGGCAGACCUCGUCUUCCUCGCGCUUCGAGGCUGCAGGUUCACUGCGGAUCCAGCAACGAUAACACUGCCUAGCCUCCUCCGUCUCCAAGUGAACGCCGCUUCUCUCUUGAAGCUGCCUCGUAUGGAGCUACCCUCCCUCGAAGACCUCGUAGUCUACGACCUCAACCAGACUGCUAAACGAAUCCUCUCAUCGGACGACCUUGGGUGGCUCCUUGAGAGCACAGCCAGCACCUUGCGUCGAUUGUAUUUGCACCCAAUCCAGAGUGAUGCCUUGGAAAGCCUCCUACUACCUUGGCUGCCAAGCUGUCGUAACAUCUCGCUCAUCAAGCUCUUGGUCGAUAAAAUUUCGAUUGCCAAUGCUUCGACGAGCAUCAUCCGCGCUUUGCCUCCCCACAUCGCUCGUAAAGAGGCUAGAGUGAUCGAUCCCUGUCAAGACGAUACAGACGGGUUGGCGUUCCAGAUACCCACAGAGUUCAAUCUGAUGAUCGUCGUGCAAAGCGAGUCCACGAGCUCGGGACUUUUCUUCGGCCAGGACCGAACACGCUCCCACCCCAAUUUUCGGUUUCCUUCGGACUGUGUGAAUCACGCGCGAAAAAUCGAUCGCUCUCUUGGUUACGGCAUGAGAACUCACUUGUGA